GGGGAGCACAGACAUAUGUAACGUGUCAGGGUAACUCAGAGCCUUUAUUAUGCUUGGGCUGCCUGGGAAGGGAGUCGCAUCAACAUCCAUGGAUGUGUUUCAAGCUCUGGUAAGCUUGGUCACUUGUCUACAUUACUGCACACUCCAUAAAGUGGUGUGUCUACAGGUGAGAGUUGAGCGGACAAAUGUGGAGGUUCAGCAUGGAGAGGCUGUUCUGCUGCCCUGCUCCUUUGUAACUACAGCUGUGCCAUCACGUCUCAACAUUAUCUGGACCACAACACCUUUAUCAGAGCCAAGCUCUCCCUCUCAGGUUAUUGUCUAUGAUCAAGGCCAGGCAAUUGAAAGUCCUACUUUAACUGGCCGAGUCAGGUUUGUUUCUGCUCCACUGAGUGCUGACAUCCUUCUCAACAUGACUCGCUUGUCCGAUGCUGGAAAAUAUCGAUGUGUAGUGAGCAACCCCCCUGAAUCAGGAUCUCCUGGAAUAGCAGAGCUGAGCCUUACUGUUCUUGCACCUCCCUCUUCUCCUCACUGUUUUGUGAGUGGUAAUAUGGAUGAAGGAGGAAGCAUUUCUCUGACCUGCUUUGUAGAGUAUGGAGUCCCAGUACCUGAUUUAAACUGGAGCAAAAUCAAACCUGACAAGAUCUUUCUUCCAGUCAACAUGGAAGAUUCUCUAAGGGGAACAGUGCAGAUCUUCAAUGUCUCCUCCCAGACAUCUGGACUCUAUCAGUGUACAGUUUCUAAUCGACUGGGUACAGAGAUCUGCUCAGUGGAGCUCAUCAUCCAUAGUACGCCACAUGGUACUUCUGGCAUUCUCCAGAGUAUUUUUGUAACACUCACGAUGGCUCUGAUCCUUCUAACACUGCUAGCCUUGGUAUUGUGGCUUCAUCGAUCAGGCUAUGACAGAACAAACAGGAGUGGACAGAGAGAAGAGGAGGAACCAUGCUAUAAUGAGAUCAGAACAGACGCUUUAUCUCCUGCUUGCCACCCUUCAACAAAAAUUCCAUUUUCAAGCUCCUAAUCAGGCUAAAGAGAACAGCAUUUCUCUACCCUUGUGAUCCUUCCUGUGGUGUUCGUAAUCAUUAGAGCAUGACCUUGUUCUUUGUUGUGCAGAAUGAUGUUCCCAUUUCAUUAAUAAAUUCUGCCUUUUGAACAGUAAGUAUCCAUCCCAAGAAUUAAUGCAGUAUGUAAUGAACAUAUUUUUGCUGACCAUAAAUAUAAAACAAAUUACCCUGAGGGAUAAUAAAGCCUAGCUAACCUA